AUGUUGGCUGUUCAUAUCAAUCAAUUAAUUUAUCAAUGUAUUUCCAAAUCUAUCUAUCUAUCUAUCUAUCUAUCUAUCUAUCUAUCUAUCUAUCCCAGUUUUUUUAAUAUCUAUCUAUCUAUCUAUCUAUCUAUCUAUCUAUCUAUCUAUCUAUCUAUCCCAGUCUCCAUUUUGUUUCCCUAUCUAUCUAUCUAUCUAUCUAUCUAUCUAUCUAUCUAUCUAUCUAUCUAUCUAUCUAUCUGUUAUCUGUUAAUAUCUAUCUAUCUAUCUAUAUAUCUGUUAUCUGUUAAUAUCUAUCUAUCUAUCUAUCUAUCUAUCUAUCUAUCUAUCUAUUCUAGUCUGUUAAUAUCUAUCUAUCUAUCUAUCUCAGGCCCCACAAACUCACAAGGACCCAAACUGAUGAGUGUAUCUGAACUUCCUAAUUUUUUCUUUUUCCAUCUUAAUUUAUUCAUGAUUGUUCUUUUCUUUUUAUUCCAUUCUCCCCUGGUCUUUCUUUCUUUUUUGACUUCUCUUUUCUCGUUUUCUUUCUUUCUUUCUUUCUUUCUUUCUUUCUUUCUUUCUUUCUUUCUUUCUACCGACCUAUCUACCUGUAUUUGUUCAUAUAUUUCUAUUUUUCCUUCACCUACAUUCAUUUUUUGA